AUGGUGGAGAUACUGGAUGUGCAGCGCAGUGAUGAUGGCACAGUCACCCAUUUCACAGCCGUCCCAGUGCCAGAAGGGGCAUCAGUGCGCGUGGCCGUGGAUUGGGACCGCCGGUACGACCACAUGCAGCAGCACACCGGCCAGCAUUUGGUCAGCGCAGUGUGCGAUGAGGUCCUCGGAGCAGACACCGUCAGCUGGGAGCUGCAUGCCAGAGCCGCCAGCCAGGGCGGCAGCAAUGAUGUCAUGGUAGACCUGGCCACCCCCAGUGUCAACCCAGAGCAGAUGCAGGCCAUUGAGCAGCGAUGCAACUCUGUGAUUAGGGAAGCUCAUGCGGUGCGACAGAUCCUGGUAGAUGACAGCAACAGGAAGGGCUUGUUAGCAUCUCGACUCCUGAGAGGCAACCUGCCGUCACCAGACAGGGUGAAGGGAGCUGUGAGGCUCAUAGAAAUUGAAGGAGUGGAUGUUAAUUCCUGUGGUGGCACCCACUUGCUGUCCACCGCUGAAUUGCAGGUGAUCAAGCUAGUAGGACUUGAGAAGACAAAGGGCAUGGCAAGGUUGCAUUUUGUAGCUGGAGAUAGAGUCAUCUCUGCCCUGAGCGGCUUCUUGACCCUCGAAGCCAGCCUCAACAAGGCACUGGGCUGCGGCACAGCGGACUGGCCAAAGAUGGUGGGCAAGAUCCAGACAGAGCGAAAGGACCUUGCGAAGAAGGGCAAGCUGCUCACAGAAGAGGUGGCCACAGCUGCAGGGGCUCAGCUGGCCGGAAGCGUCUCAGAAGGCACCAGUGAUAGGUUCUCAGGAGUGGUUGGGCUUGUGCACUGCAGGGACGACGCAGACGCCUCCUUCCUGGGCCUUGUCGCAAACGCUGCUUUGAAGACCAAUCCAGCAGCGCUGUUAUUGCUCACAGGAGGGGCGCCCUUGCCCAGCAGUAAAUCCGCCAAACCUGGACCGGCAGUCUUUGUCGUGGCUGGGCCGCCAGAUGCUGUGAAGCGCGCUGGACCCAAAGUGGCGGAGGCUCUUGGAGUGAAGGGUGGUGGCCGACCGGGGCUCUACCAGGGCAAGACUGCAUCACUGGAAAAGGCUGGCAAACAGAUGGGACAGAACAUUGCCCAUGCAAAGAUAGCUGUUCACGAUGUGGCUAGCUCGAAGGAUGCCAGGGAAGCUGGCGCCAAGGUUUGGACGCUGUGGAAGAAUGCAGAGGGAGGAGCUUUUGUCCUGGCCAUGGCAAGGAUCCUGGUUUGCCUUUACUUCAUCAACCUUGUUGUGGAAGACUACGAGCAAUGGAACUUCAUGCAGUCGCCUGAGAUGGUGGAGCGACGCAAAUUCUACCCACACAGAAUCCCUGCCUCACGAUUUCCAUACCUGGGACUCUUUGUGUUCAUACCGGCGGCAGUCUUGGCAGCAGUGGGCGUCCAGGUUCCCAUCACUGCCACCAUAAUGACCCUGGAUAUGAUUUACAACAGCUCCAGCCUCAUCUGGAGCCAGCUACUCAUGCUUGUGCGAUAUGGGCAGAGGCCCAACGAGCUGACAGUGAAGAAGCUCGCCAUGCUGGGAUGUGUUGCCCUCGUCCUGGCGCACUCAGUCAAGGACAUCCGGGAGAAGCUGCAGAACAACACCUAUGCUGGGUUGCUGCUGGGGGGAAAUGUCAAGAAGGAGCCAGGGGUGCGCAAGUCCCUGGUUCUUCUGUUCGGGCGGCUUCUGAUGACACUCCUGUUCCUGUACGUUGGCUGGGUCCAGAUUCACAGGGUGAUCAUGAGGGACUGGGCGCUUUGGUCCAAGUUUGAGAACGAUGGAGUGUGGAGGAAGGACGGCCAUGACAACAACUGGCUUCUGCUGGAGUUUGCGCUGUCGCUGCCCUUUGCCGUGGGCUACAAGUUGCCCCUGGUUUCGCGGCUGCUGGCCCUCACGCUGUCCCUGGAGGCCUUCACCUGCUGGCCCUUUUGGGUUGACUGGCCCAGCUGGCAGUACAGUGCCCACGUGCGACUGCACUUUGUGACCAACCUGGGCGUGGCUGGAGGCCUCAUCCUACUGCAAAACUUUGGUGCUGGCAGGUACACAGUUGAUCAGCUCAUGAAGAAGAAGGCUACAUGA